AUGACGGCCUCGCACUUCACGAAUAUGUCUAACUGGACGAACCUGACAAGGGUACAGCUGAGCAUUUUCGGUUGGUUUGACGGAUAUGACUCUUCGGCAACUAUCCGUACAGGAUCCAGUGCAUGCGAAGCGAGCAUGUGGACAUCGAGCACAGCUUUGGCUUGUCGAAUGGCUGAUGGGGUGGGCGGCUCAUUGCGCAUCGGUGUCACCGUGGGAGAGAUAGUCGGAACCAGGACGGAAGCCGUCACGUACAGCGUCCCUCAUCUACGACCAGCACUCGAGCAGGGACCUCCAGGACCAGCUGUAGGUGGGGGCGAGGUCAGGCUUGAAGGGUACGGCAUAGGAGUAGCAGACAUGAGUGCAAUGGGCCGGGUGUGGAUAUCGAGCUGCGAGGGCACCGAGUGGGUAUCGGACUCGAUGGUAGCAUGCAAGCAAGCGCAAGGAAUCGGGAAGGAGCUACGGGUAUCUGUUACAUCGGGAAGCUUGGUAGGGACCGUAGCUGCAGGAGCUGCCUACGCCGCACCCUCAGUGCUGUACGGGAGUUGCAGCCAUGCUGCGCGGGAUACAUGCAGCGUGAACUACACGCAGUGCGUAGAGAGCAACAGCACAGGUGAAGGCAGGUGCGCCUGCGAGGUUUCAUUUGCAGACUGCUUGGGCAAGCAAGGCUGCGCGGACCAUUCACGGCUACUGGCAUUCCAGAGCACGUGCCCACAGAACUGGACGCUAUACUCGGGACACCUUACUUUGAGUGACCUUGCCAACGCUUCAUUGGUAUCGAACCGGGCAGGGUCAGGAAAGCGACCAGCAGUGACGAUUCAUGGUAUGGAUUUCGGAGAAGCAGGGUACACGAUUGCUGGGAGGGCAGGAGUGAGUGCAUGCGAGGCAACGUCUUGGACCUCAGACAGCGCAGUGGCAUGCAGCCGAGCUCCUGGUAAGGGCUCGAGUAUGGCAAUCACAGUCACGGUUGGGGAGCAAGUCGAUACGACGAUGACCAGUCACUCGUUCGACCAUGCAGAGAUAUCUAGCGGGCGUGGGGUGAACGUAGCAGGGAGCGGCUCGAUGUGGACAUGGAUAGCAGGGACAGGCUUGGGGAUAUGGGAUCUAUCGCUCAGGGGGCGGCUUGGAGGGAGCGAGAGCGAGGCGACGACGUGGACAUCAGACAGCGCGAUCACAUGUCAGGCAGGGAUAGGCACGCGAGGCAGUCAUUUGAUUAGUAUCAGCGUGAUGCAGGAGAGCUCGACAUUGAGCGAGGCUGUUUCGUAUAACAGUCCUGUGCUGAACCUCUCUGCAGUAGUUACUUCACUGGCGGAGACAGUAGAAGAAGGGUUUAUGUGGCCGGGUAGCCUGAUGAACACACCAGCGUCGUCGAAUGGCACAUUUCUUGUGGGCAAUGUUUCGAAUGGGACCUACUUGAACAUGACGGCCUCGCACUUCACGAAUAUGUCUAACUGGACGAACCUGACAAGGGUACAGCUGAGCAUUUUCGGUUGGUUUGACGGAUAUGACUCUUCGGCAACUAUCCGUACAGGAUCCAGUGCAUGCGAAGCGAGCAUGUGGACAUCGAGCACAGCUUUGGCUUGUCGAAUGGCUGAUGGGGUGGGCGGCUCAUUGCGCAUCGGUGUCACCGUGGGAGAGAUAGUCGGAACCAGGACGGAAGCCGUCACGUACAGCGUCCCUCAUCUACGACCAGCACUCGAGCAGGGACCUCCAGGACCAGCUGUAGGUGGGGGCGAGGUCAGGCUUGAAGGGUACGGCAUAGGAGUAGCAGACAUGAGUGCAAUGGGCCGGGUGUGGAUAUCGAGCUGCGAGGGCACCGAGUGGGUAUCGGACUCGAUGGUAGCAUGCAAGCAAGCGCAAGGAAUCGGGAAGGAGCUACGGGUAUCUGUUACAUCGGGAAGCUUGGUAGGGACCGUAGCUGCAGGAGCUGCCUACGCCGCACCCUCAGUGCUGUACGGGAGUUGCAGCCAUGCUGCGCGGGAUACAUGCAGCGUGAACUACACGCAGUGCGUAGAGAGCAACAGCACAGGUGAAGGCAGGUGCGCCUGCGAGGUUUCAUUUGCAGACUGCUUGGGCAAGCAAGGCUGCGCGGACCAUUCACGGCUACUGGCAUUCCAGAGCACGUGCCCACAGAACUGGACGCUAUACUCGGGACACCUUACUUUGAGUGACCUUGCCAACGCUUCAUUGGUAUCGAACCGGGCAGGGUCAGGAAAGCGACCAGCAGUGACGAUUCAUGGUAUGGAUUUCGGAGAAGCAGGGUACACGAUUGCUGGGAGGGCAGGAGUGAGUGCAUGCGAGGCAACGUCUUGGACCUCAGACAGCGCAGUGGCAUGCAGCCGAGCUCCUGGUAAGGGCUCGAGUAUGGCAAUCACAGUCACGGUUGGGGAGCAAGUCGAUACGACGAUGACCAGUCACUCGUUCGACCAUGCAGAGAUAUCUAGCGGGCGUGGGGUGAACGUAGCAGGGAGCGGCUCGAUGUGGACAUGGAUAGCAGGGACAGGCUUGGGGAUAUGGGAUCUAUCGCUCAGGGGGCGGCUUGGAGGGAGCGAGAGCGAGGCGACGACGUGGACAUCAGACAGCGCGAUCACGUCUCGCUGCGUAGCAGGGGGUAUGGGCAGCCAUGUCAUUGCCAUCACAGUGUUGAAGGAGUAG